AUGGCAGAAACCGAUCAAGCAAGACCAUUAGCUCCAGUUAGAGUCCACCCACGAAGCGACGAUGAAGAGAAAGCUCUCAAAAAAAUGAACCGUAGAAGAAAACUCAAGUUAUGUGGUUGUAUAACGUCAAUUUUACUACUACUUUUAGUCAUAGUAAUUGUCAUCUUAGUAUUCACGGUUUUUAAGGUUAAAGAUCCGACAGUAACAACAAAUGAGAUCCAUCUCACGAACUUUGGUCUCAACCUAGUUCAACUUCCAACACCUCAGGUUAAGAUCAACAUGACCAUGCUAGUGAACAUGUCUAUUAGGAAUUCUAAUAGAGCUUCCUUUAAGCUUGGGAAUAGCACGACAUCGGUGUAUUAUCGCGGUAUAUCGGUUGCGGAUGCGGUGAUACCGGCGGGGAUUGUGAUCAAGGCGCGGAAGACGUCGGCGUUGAAUGUUACGGUGGAUGUUAUGGCUGAUCGCCUCGCUUCUAGUCCGGAUUUGUUGAGAGAUGUGCUUCAGGGAGAGAUGAUUAUGAAUACUUAUUCGGUGAUUCCGGGGAGGGUGAAGAUUUUGUUUAUUAAGAAACAUGUUGAGGUGAAGAUGAAUUGUACUAUGACGAUUGAUAUUUCAAAGAGAGGAAUUCAGGACAUGAAUUGUAAACAUAAGGUGAAACUUUAG